AUUUAAAAUUUUUUUGCAGGAAAAUGUGCAGAAUAUCAAAACGAGUCUACCUAAUAAGAUGACAAGAUCGUCCCGCGAGUAACUACCAUGGAUACAGGCUUCAAGGCGCUGUUUAUCAAGCCUCUGAUAUUAGUUUCGUUAUUCCUGGUAUCAAGCUGCUACUCCACUUUAAAAAAUGGAAGUCUGGCCGAAUUACGUUUUACCAGAGAUCAUUACAAUGCAACGAUUCCUGAAAAUGCGCUUAUUAAAACGUAUGUCCGAACGGAAGAAAAAAUGGGCAUAUAUUGUUCAGAUGAUGACGUUAUCAUACGUUAUAAGAUAGCAUCCCAACAAAAGAUCAAAUUCUUCAAGGCUGAAGAAAAGAAGAUUGGAAACUUUUGGUUCCUUUUAGUUCGAACAAAGACUGAUUACGAUGUUUUGAACAGAGAGCGACAAGAUGAAUAUAUCUUAGAAGUCAAAGCUACAAUUACAACUUCUACUGACAAAUCGAAAGAUAAAAAAAAAAAUAGUGUCUCAUUAGAACUCCAUGCUGCUUUAGUUGUAACAGUUCUUGAUACAAACGACUUAAGUCCCUUAUUCUAUCCGGUUGUAUAUGAAAAAACUAUACCAGAAGAUACGCCACUCCAUUCUAGUGUUUUAAAAGUUUCAGCAGAAGACGCUGAUAUUGGAAUGAAUGGUGAAAUAUACUAUAGUUUUAAAGAAAAAACCAAUCAGUUUGCUAUGCAUCCGAGAACCGGUGUUAUAACAAUAACUAGAUCAUUAAAAUUUGAAGAAAGAAGAUCGUAUGACUUUGUUGUCGAAGCUCGGGAUCGUGGCAUUCGAGGGCGCUCUAAACCAAGUAGUGCAAAAGUAAAAUUCAACAUCCAACAAGUCAAUAUAUAUAGUCCUGAUAUUUCUAUACAACAUUUACCACACGUGGUCGAGGAAUCGAACUGUGACAUAUACGCAAUCAUCAAAGUGACAGAUAGGGAUUCAGGAGUAAAUGGUAUUAUACGAAGCUUGGAAAUUGUUGACGGUGAUCCUGAUGGCCAUUUCAGAAUUAAAGAAACCGGACAUAGUGGUGAAUAUAAUAUUGUCGUCCUCAAUAUGUUGGAUAGAGAGACAGCUCCAAAAGGUUAUAAUCUAUCUCUUAGAGCAGUUGAUUCGGGAACACCAGAAAGAGAUACUUACAGGUCGAUUUCAAUAGAACUCGCCGACAUUAAUGAUAACGCUCCAGUGUUUGAACGUGAAUUAUAUGAAGUAAAUAUUGCUGAAACCGCACCAGUUAAUUCGCCUGUCAUUAAACUAAAAGUAAGUGAUAAAGACGAAGGUAAAAAUGCCCAAGUGUCUUUAGAAAUCGUAGGUGGUAAUGAAGGUGGAGAAUUUCGAAUAAACAAACGGACAGGUAUGCUUUACACAGCCGUAGUUUUGGAUGCGGAACAUAGAUCAUCUUAUACUCUUACUGUCAGUGCAAUAGAUCAAGGAAACGCAGGAAGCAGAAAACAAUCAGCUGCCAAAGUCAAAAUAUUUGUUGUUGAUGCUAACGACAAUGAUCCUUUAUUUGAAAAAUAUUUAAUGGAAGUAUCCAUCAACGAAAAUGAACCUGCUGGUACUUCUGUUAUAAAAAUAAGUGCACGUGAUAAGGAUUCAGGUGAAAAUGGUUAUAUAUCCUACAGUAUUGCUAAUUUAAAACCGGUUCCUUUCGAUAUUGAUCAUUUCACCGGCCUCAUUAAAACAACUCAUCUUUUAGACUUUGAAACUAUGCGACGGGAAUAUGUGCUUCAUAUCAGGGCAUCGGAUUGGGGAUAUCCAUACAGGAGACAAACUGAAAUGAAGUUAGUGAUUAAGCUAAAAGAUGUGAAUGACAACAGGCCCCAAUUUGAAAAAAUUGACUGUAAAAUACAAGUUCCUAGAUUUACUGCCAUAGGUAAAGAAAUCAUGACCAUGUCUGCUGUAGAUUUUGACGAUGGUAAUUUCAUAAGCUAUCGGGUUGAAUCAGGCAAUGAAGACAAUUGUUUUUCAAUCGAAUCAUCAUCUGGCGUACUUUCAGUGACUUGUGACCUUUCCGACAUAGGUAUGGAAGAACGUAACGUAAAAAUCACUGCUACUGACGGAUCGCACUAUUCAGACUUGACAAGUUUACAUAUAACUUUAGUGAACGCUAAAAAAACACAGGCUGCUGAUGAUUCAAUCAAUAUCGAGUGUCGAGAAACGGGAGUACUUCGUAGAUUAAACGAUGCCAUUGAAACCGCAAAAAAGAACAAUAUUGGUGAAGAUGAUGAUUUUGCCAUGAUGCCAAGCAGGUAUGGAGAAAAUGUGCAUAAGCCCGAGUUGGUUAAUUUCCCUACUGCUGUUCAAGUCAAUGAGUCAGUGCCAUUAGGAUAUACAAUACUCGCUAUUCGUGCCAGAGAUAGAGAUCUAGGUUACAACGGAAAAUUAGUGUAUGGUGUCUCCGAUGGUGACGACGAUUCACUGUUCAGAAUUGACCCUGAAACCGGUGAUUUAAAUGUAGUUGGAUAUCUAGAUCGAGAAACAAGAGAUGAAUAUGUAUUAAACAUUACUGUAUCUGAUCUCGGCAAACCACAACACACUACAUGGAAGUUAUUAAAAGUUGUAAUUCUAGACGUCAAUGACAAUGCUCCCAAAGUUGAUAAAAGAGUUUCUAGUUUUCGGGUCAGUGAAAAUGCUCGAAACGGGACAGUCAUAUUCAAAAUAAAUGCUCAAGAUCCUGAUCAAGGAGAAAAUGGUAGGAUAGUUUAUAUGUUGACCACAGACACGACUCAUUUUUCGGUUGACAAAUCUUCAGGCAAUCUAUAUGUAUCCGGUCGCUUAGAUCGAGAACGCCAAGAACUAUACGAACUGAAAGUUACCGUCUCAGAUUCUGCCCCUGAACCAUGGACAUUACACACAGAAGCUUUGAUACGCAUCAUUGUUGACGACGUGAAUGAUAACGCUCCUGAAUUUCUCGUACAAAAUUACACCGUUAAGGCUUUGGAAGAUUUGCCAAUCGGUAGCGUCGUUGCAAUCGUGACCGCAGUUGAUCCCGAUCUCGGUAAAGGCGGAAUUGUAUCGUAUUCAUUGGAAUCAGAUUCUUCAUCAGAAGUGGACGAAAAAAUGUUCGAAAUCGAUUCCAUUUCUGGAACUGUUCGAACUACGAGUGAAUUAGAUUUCGAACAGAGACAGAUACAUACACUAAUCGUGAGUGCUGUAGAUGGUGGUAUGCCCUUUUUAUCUUCACAAACAUGGUUAACAAUAGAAAUUGUGGAUGUAAACGAAAACAUAUUUGCUCCUGAGUUCGGCAGUUUUUAUGCAACUGCAUUUGUCGACGAAAACGAACCACCCGGGACUCUAGUGACCACAGUGAGUGCUACGGACGCAGAUCCUCCUGGAGACGUGUCAAGAGUUGGAUAUUCAAUUGUAGACGGUGAUGGUCUAGGCUACUUCUCAAUCGACAGUGAAGGCAAUAUCAGGACAAUGGUAGUGCUGGACGUGGAGACCAAAUCGUCGUAUUGGCUGACCGUGAUGGCUUUUGACCACGCCACCGUUCCCCUGCACUCUCGGCUCGAGGUAUAUGUGGAAGUGAAGAACAUUAACGACAACGUGCCUUUGACCAAAGCUCCGGUAUACUAUCCGCAAGUGAAGGAAGACGCUCCGCCAAACACUCCGAUCAUACAGUUGGAAGCUGAGGAUGCUGAUAUGUCCGACACAAGAAUCACGUACAAAAUCACCACCGGGAAUCCCCAGUCACUGUUCGCGAUUUCUGCAAAUACUGGUCUCAUAACCACUACUGGACGGAAACUUGACAGAGAGACCGAAUCCGAACACAUACUGGAGGUAACGGUGAUCGACGACGGAGUGCCCGUUCUCUCGUCCACGACCAGUGUGGUGAUCGCGGUCGAGGAUGUAAACGACAACGCCCCGGAAAUGUUGAAAAAGGCGUACCGGUUCAAGAUCCCAGAGACACAGCCUGUGCAAGAGCCGCUGGUCCAGGAGAACAGCACAACCUCGGCUACUGCGGAGACUGCCGAAAUUGACGAACUGCUCGAAAAAAAGGCAUGGACGUAUUUCGGACCCAAUGACAUAGCAGGACCGGCGUUGUUCAGGAUUGUGGCCAGCGACAAGGAUUCUGGAGACAAUGCUCGGUUAACAUACACUAUGAAAGCUGCACAAGGAUACGACGAUAUAUUUUCUGUGGAACCUGACACCGGAGUAAUAUAUUCAGACCACUCGUUUCGAGGGAACCAAGACUUUUCAUUCUACAUAAGAGCCACCGACAACGGGUCGCCAAACAUGAGUGCCAUAGCGAAAGUAAUCGUUGAAGUGCUGAAAAUACCCGAGAACUCUAAACACGUGCCUGAAAUCCAAAAUCCGAAUCAAAAAGUAGACAUUACAGAAAGCGAUACCGUCGGCUACAUUGUGGCACUUAUCAAUGCUGUGGACAAAGACCAGGAUUACCUUUGGUACCGGAUCGAAAGCGGUGAUCCAAAUUCGGAUUUCAUGAUCGAGGACGACGGCAACGUGUUGCUGGCACGGCAGCUCGACUGGGAGAAGCAGAAGGAAUACAACUUGACCGUGGCUGUGACAGAUGGCGUGUACACAACGGCCACACAGCUGUUUGUCAGCGUCAAAGACAUCAACGAGUACAGACCGAAGUUCUCGCAGGACCUGUACGAGGUGAACGUUACGGAAAACGCGGAAAUCGGUUCGCCAGUCGUGCGGCUUAUGGCCACCGACGACGACCAGGACCUGAGGCUGUUGUACGGCAUACACAGCGCACAGCACGUCAAAUCGGUGAAAUCGUUCGCAGUCGACUACCAGUCGGGAGUCGUGUCGGUGCAACAACCGCUGGACAGAGAAAGCAUUGCCAGACACGAGCUGACCGUGGUGGUCAAAGAUCAGAGCACGCCGUCAAAAAAGAACUUUGCGCGCGUCUUGAUCACGGUGAUUGAUAGCAACGAUCACGCGCCCGAAUUCAGUUCCAACAUCGUGCAAGGCCGGGUAUUUGAAACCACCGCCGUAGGUACUAGUGUUCUGCAGUUGUUGGCCACGGACAAAGAUCACGGCGAAAAUGCUGCCGUAUCGUAUCAAAUCAUAUCCGGGAACAUCGGCAACGUGUUCAGCAUCGACAGUAAGCUGGGCACACUGCACGUCAUGAAAGAGCUAGACAUGUCCGUAUCGUCAGAAUACACAUUGAUCGUAAAAGCCGUGGACUCGGGAUCGCCGCCGCUGUACUCGACCAUACCCGUGUACAUAAUGGUCGUCAUGGCCGACAAUGCUCCGCCCAAGUUCAACAAUCCUGAAGAAUCGGCCGAAAUUUACGAGAACGAACCGUCCGGGACUGUGGUCAAACGUCUGCAAGCCAGGAGCACGUCGUCUCUGCUGUUCGAACUAGUCGAGGGCGACACGUACAGCCUGUUCGCAGUAAAUCCCAGCACUGGGGUGUUGGUCACCAGACGGCCAUUAGACUACGAAUCGUGUCACGUGUACAACCUGAGCGUCACUGCUACGAAUAUGGCCGGUUCGAAAGCUGUCUGCCGCGUGUCGGUGCACGUGCUUGACAGAAACGACAAUUCACCCGUACUGAUAAACACAAGCUACAAGGGUGUCAUCAGUGAAGCUGCGCCCAUCGGUUCGCUGGUCCUUCUCAAUGACACAUUGCCCAUGCUAAUCAAAGCUUCGGACGCCGAUUCCGGUUCGAAUGGUUUACUGCAAUACGAAAUAGUGGAAUUUCUACAGAGCCGAAUGUUUCACGUUGUUUCCAACACGGGUGCCAUCAGGACGACAACCCUGUUGGACUACGAGACUUCGCCGAAUAUAACGUUCCGCGUCAGAGUCAUCGAUCAAGGCAACCCGAGGCGGACCUCAGACGUUCUGGCCAAAGUAUUCAUCUCGAUUUUGGACGUGAAUGACUGUCCGCCAGUAUUUACGAGCUACGAGUACAAUGCGUCCGUGUUAAUUCCCACCUAUGUCAAUGUGGCAGUCGUCCAACUAAACGCUACCGAUGGAGAUUCUCCAGGUCAGACGAAAUUGACGUAUUCGAUUAUCGGUGGAAACGAAGCAAACGUUUAUACGAUCGACGCCGAUAGAGGACUUAUCACGGUUAAGGAACCAAAUUUGGGCAUCAAGUCGAGUCCUCAUAAUUUAGCCGUUUCCGUCACCGAUGGAAAAUACUCCAGCCAAUCAAAUGUCAAUGUCCGUUGGUAUCGAAGCGAAGACUCCAGUCUCAAGUUUCAAAAACCUAUAUAUUACGCAACGAUUGUGGAAAACGAUACGAAAGUCAGAUUUCUGUGUGCUGUCACCGUCAUUGGAGCACAUCUUAAUGAACAUUUACUAUUCUCCAUUUCGAAUCCAAGCAGUCAUUUUCAAAUCGGCUCAACUACGGGAAUACUUAGCACAACAGGAAUUGCUUUUGACCGUGAAGUUAAGGAAAUCUACCAAAUUAUUGUACAAGUUCAAAGCAUGGAUGCUGACAGUGAGUCACUAAGAGUUGCUCAUGUUCCAAUCAACGUAACUAUUUUAGACAUCAACGACAACGCACCAAUGUUUGUUAACUUACCAUAUUAUGCAAUUGUAUCUAUUGACGCAAAAAAAGAUGAUCUCGUUACAAAGGUACAUGCUGUGGAUUUGGAUCAAGGAGAAAAUGCAGCUGUGCGAUAUGAACUAACUAAAGGACCUGGCGAACUGUUUAGAGUGUCUAGGAGCACUGGAGAGAUAUUUCUGCGACAUAAUCUGGAAAGUCAAAACAAUGGCCGUAUAAGUGAAUUUAAAUUAACUGUUGCUGCAUUCGAUGGAGGACAACAGUCUUAUUCGACUGAAGUAGAAGUCAAUGUUAAAGUUAUGGAUCGAUCAAUGCCUGUAUUUGACAAACAAUUCUACUCUGUCUCUGUACCAGAAAAUAUUGAUCUUUACGCACCUAUACCGUUAACUAUUAGAGCUGACUCUCCAUUGGCCAGGAAAUUAAUUUACAGUAUUGUAUCUGGAAAUACGUUUGAAGAAUUUGCCAUAGAUUUCAACACCGCUGAUGAUUACGGUGGUACUAGUUUAUUGUAUGCUGUGGAUAAUUUGGACUAUGAACAAGUCCAACAUUACACAUUGACUGUUAGAGCUACAGACAGUGUGUCUGGAGUAUCAGCAGAGGUGUUGGUCAGUAUCAUGGUAACAGAUGUAAAUGAUUGUGCCCCUGAAUUCUUUCAAGACUCUUAUAACAUCUCUAUAUCAGAAUCUGCGUCAUUUGGUUCAUUUAUACUGAGAGUUACAGCUACUGACAAUGACACCGAUGUAAAUCGUGUGAUUAAAUAUUCUAUCAAAAAAGAUGAAGAAAAUUCUUCUGAUUACUUUCACAUAGAUGAAAAAGAAGGUUCAAUUUAUCUGAAACAAUCGUUAGACCAUGAAACACGCCCAUUUCACCAUGUUGUAUUAGAAGCAACUGAUACAGGUUUACCACCAUUGAGCACCACAACUCAUCUUUGGAUUACCGUACUGGAUGUAAAUGACAAUGCACCGAAAUUCGAACAAUCUUCAUACUCAUGUUGGUUAUCGGAAGAUGCUGAAAGAGGGCAGUUUGUUACUAUGGUUACUGCUACCGAUCCAGAUAUUGUUGAUCACUCACGCCUGGUGUAUGGCAUAACUGGAGGAAAUGCUCAACAAAUGUUUGAUAUUAACUCAAAAUCCGGUAUUAUAAUUGUUUCAAACUUGAACAAGUUAACAACUGUAAACGAACAUGUUCUCAAUGUAUCAGUUAGUGAUGGAGUGUAUACAAGUUUCUCAAGAGUUAGAAUUGAAAUGGUGUCGACAAACAGAUAUAAUCCUGUGUUUGAAAAACUCCAAUACGAUGGACGCAUUUUAGAAAAUCAAUUGUCAGGGACUGUAAUCAUUCGUGUUCAGGCAAUAGACAAUGAUACAGGUCCAUAUGGUGAGGUGAGCUACUCAAUACCGUCGAAGAAGAUGUCAAAAAUAUUCAACAUUAAUAAUGUUACUGGAGAAAUUAUAUCGAGAAUGCCAUUAGACCGAGAAGAGACAUCACUAUAUGAAUUAAGCGUUUUGGCUUGUGACCAAGGAGCUAGAUGUGGAUAUACUUUGGUUCGAGUUCGGGUGAGCGAUGAAAAUGAUAAUUCACCACGGUUCCUUUUACCAGAAUACAAAACAUGCAUACACAGUUCACUACCAGUCAACACAGGAUUUCUCACGGUGAAAGCAGUCGACGAUGACCAAGAACCAUCUGGUCAAAUUACUUAUUCAAUCAAUGAUAUUGAACCUAGUGACAUAACAAAACUAAUGACUGUGAACAAGUACACAGGCGCUCUUGUUUUACUGAAAACAGUUGAAUCCUUAAAAAAUAAUGUGUAUCAGUUUUUUAUACGAGCAACGGAUAGUGGAACACCACCAAGACAAUCAGAUGUCCCUAUAGAGCUAUUUGUGUUAUCACCUGAAGACCUUCCUCCCGUAUUUCUUCAAGAAGACCAAAAAUUUAAUUUAACAGAAAAUUCUCCUAUUGGCACUAUUGUAACAACUGUAAAAUUGGUAUCUCAAGUUGAAACCAAAUACAAAAUCACUGCUUCUGAUGAGACCGCCAAACUAUUCACAAUAAACGAUCAAGGUCAGAUAAGUGUUACUGGCUUGUUGGAUAGAGAAAAACAGGCAUUCCACAUACUUGGCGUGUUUGCAUACACUGAAUCAUCUCCUCCAUUAACUGCAUUGACUGAAGUCUAUGUAAAAGUAUUAGAUGAAAAUGACAAUGCUCCAGAGUUUGACAAUGACUUUUAUAGUGCCAGAAUAUCAGAAGCCAUUACUGAAGGCACUCUAGUGGUGAAAACUCAUGCAAUUGACUUAGAUGAAGGCAAAAAUGGUGAAAUCAAAUAUUUAAUCAAUUCCAAAUCUAAUGUACCAUUUGUGAUUGAUCAGUACUCUGGAUCAAUUAGUGUUUCUGUAUCAAAUUUGGAUCGAGAAGUAAAAUCUUCUUAUAUGUUUGAUGUAAUGGCCUUUGACAGUGGAACACCAUCAUUAAACUCCACUGUUAAAGUACAUAUAUCUUUGGUUGACUAUAACGACAACCCAUCACGUUUCUCUCAAGCUUCAUAUGCAGCAUCAGUUGAGGAAGAUUCGCUACCUGGAACGGUUGUAGUACAAUUAACAUUAUUAGACGAUGACAAUGAAUUACCAACCACAUUAAUGUAUCACAUUCGUGAUGGGGAUAUGCAUUCCAAAUUUGCCAUCCGGUCAACUGGUGAAGUUUAUGUAGCCAACACAUUAGAUCGAGAAACAUUAGACAAUUAUCAACUUUCAAUAUUAGUUACCGAUGGAACUUAUGUUUCGACUACACAGCUUCAUAUCACAGUCACAGACGUUAAUGAUGAAAAACCAUACUGUCUUCAUCACCGCUACAGGAGAAUGCUUUCAGAGGGAGUGCCAAUUGGCAAUUUUAUAUUAAAAAUAGAAGCUCGUGAUACAGAUUUAAAUCCAAAAUUACGAUAUUACCUUACUGGUUAUGGAGCAGAACACUUUAGUUUAGAUAUAGAUACUGGCUUAUUAAAAACAGCAGUGACUCUGGAUCGUGAACUGCAGUCACGGUACAACUUAGAAGCACACGUACAAGAUCGAGAAAAAAACGAAUGGGAAUGCGUGUCUAAAGUGGAAAUUACAAUGUUGGAUGUCAAUGACAAUGCUCCAUUAUUUAUUUCUAAUAAUAAUAAUACUGCCUCAUUGUCAGAAGAUGCACAAAUUGGUACCAUAGUGAUCAAGAUGCAUGCGACUGAUGCUGACAUAGGUCUAAAUCGAAAACUUAAGUUUUCAUUACUAGAUUCAGCUGAAAAUCACUUUAUUAUUUCAUCGGAUAGUGGUAUUGUAACACUGGCUAAAAAAUUGGACCGUGAAACUUGCGAGACCUACAAUAUUUCUGUCAAAGCCAUUGACCAUGGUUCCCCUCCACUUUCAAGCAUCACCCAGCUACAUGUAAUUGUAUUGGAUGUCAAUGACAACCCACCAAUAUUUGUUCAAAGAACAUACUAUGCUACUGUUACUGAAAUUGCACCCAUUGACACUGAAGUAACCAGAGUAUUGGCUACGUCACUUGACUCUGGUAAAAAUGCCGAAGUAGUGUAUUCAAUUGCCGGUGGUAACGAACACAACAAAUUUUCGAUAAACUCAGAAACUGGUAUUAUAAGUGUGUUUGAAAUGCUCGACUAUGAAAGAGUUCGUGACUACUUGCUGACAAUACAAGCAACAGAUCUGGGUGAACCACCAUUGAGUAACCAGGCGAUGGUGAAUAUAACAAUUUUGGAUGCCAACGACAAUGCACCAAUAUUUGGUCAACUAGCAUAUACCACUCAAAUCGAUGAAGACGUACACGUUGGUGAAGUUGUUAUUAAAGUUUCGGCAACUGAUUUGGACAGCGAACUCAACGGAAAAAUACGUUAUGCCCUGGUUAAAGGAGACCACCAUCAACAGUUCGCCAUAGACUCUUUAACAGGCAACAUAACUGUUGCCAAGCCUUUAGAUCGUGAACAGGUAUCAACUUAUAAUCUACAAAUUCGAGCUACUGACUCAGGUGUCCCUGAACUCAUGAGUUUUGCAUUAGUCCAAAUACAAGUGAAUGACGUUAAUGACAACCCGCCAUUGUUUUCACAGCAUAACUACUCAGCAUUUGUCCACGAGGACAAAAAACCUGGUUGGAUUGUUUGCCAACUUUCUGUGACAGAUGCAGACCUAGAACCUAACGGUGGACCAUUCACCUAUGACAUUCGUAACAAUGAUGAUGGCAAUGCAUUCAGUAUUGAUCCUGAUGGUACAGUUAAGACAGCUAUGCUUCUAGACCAUCGUUUCCAACAGAACUAUAAACUACUUAUACGUGUAUUUGACAAUCAUAAACCAUUUCUACAUUCUGACACAUGGCUUCAUAUUAAGGUAAUCGAAGAAUCACAGUUCCGACCUAUUAUAACACCACUAGAAGUCUGGGUAGGAUCUUGGCAAGACCGUUGGCAAGGAGGAUCAUUAGGACAUGUGCAUGCUACUGACCAAGAUGAAUAUGAUACAUUGGCAUAUUAUGUGAUGAACCACAAUCAACUAUUCAAAAUUGACGAGAGAUCAGGAGAGAUACGAGCACCACAAGGAUUAGAUGCUGGCUAUUACUCCAUUAAUGUGUCGGUCAGUGAUGGUAAAUUUUCGUCAAACUCCACAGUUAAUGUGGUUGUAGACUCACUGACUGAUGAUAUGCUAAAUGAAGCCAUCAGUAUAAGGUUAAAGUCUGUAACACCGCAACAUUUCAUAUCCAGCCAAAAAAAAUUGUUGAUGCGUACAUUAAAAUUGAAUUUGGGUAAGGAUGUAAAUUUGAUCAGCAUCCAAGACGCUCCGCAAGGCAACCUAGAUAUUUUGCUUUACAUCAGAGGCGGAACCGAUUUAAAUACCAUGCAUACUGCCCUUCAGAAGGCUGGCUUGGUCAUAUCAAACAAUGUACCACCUUGUAAUUGUACGCCUGGCCAGGGUGUGUGUAGUCAGCGCAUUACUUGGCUAGCAGAUCAGGUUCAGACAAUAGUUACUGAUAUGGCAACAUUUGUGGCGCCUGCGCAUACCCAUCAACCGCAUUGCUCUUGUCGAUUAGGUUUUGUCGGUAAACGAUGCGAAAACAAAAUGACUUCAGAGUGUCAGUGCUCUGUGGACGAGAUUUGUGUACCGGAUAAUGAAAUUGAUGGGACAUACAAGUGUGACAAGCCUCGAGGCGUUGGAGACCGUUGCUUGGCCGGCAAUGAAAUUGCCUGUUGGCCCCCAAUUUUAUCCAAUUUGCACAUAACUUGGAUUCAACUGACUGCUGCCUCAGCUGCCUUGGUUUUUAUCAUUAUGGUCAUAUGUGUAUUGAUCAUAUGCAGGAAGUGCCGUGUGAAACGUCGAAAUGCCCGUCGCAAUAAGAAUAUACAUGUGUUGAACACAGAAUUCAAAAGAACUGCAAAAAUCAGCAAUCUAGAAGUUGCUCAGCGGCCAGUAUCUUAUACUGCUAUAGCAAGCAACCCAGACGCAGCUUACAUGGCUACUGUAGCUGCAAAUCAACUUAACAAUUUAGACACUCUCAGGAGUUAUGGUUCAGCUGGUGAUGACUUAGAAAAUGUCCCACUUGAUUAUUUACGCAACUUGAACCGUGGUGGUAGCAACAACAAAAUAAUGAACGGUAAAGAUCUCAAAGUGAUUCCGGAUGUUACCAGAGUGCCAAGAAUGUCAAUGCACUGUCCUGAAGAAGACACAAAAAUACUAGGUGGUUACCAUUGGGACUGUUCGGACUGGGUGCGUCGCAGCCAAAACCCUCUGCCUAAUAUCAGUGAAGUACCUGGUAGUGAAGUGCCCGAUUCGUCUAGUUUCCACAGUGACAGCAACGACGAAGUGCAUCACCAUAUAAUAGAUCCAGCCAGGGAUUUGGAAACACUCGACGAAGAGUUAUACUUAUCAUACCGCAGUGAAGACGAUGAUGUAGUCACAUACGGUUUUCCUCAACGAUAUCCAAGUCAGAGUGAACUCUCCACUAAUGUAUGUGAAAUUGAUGAUCCAGAUAUGCCUAUGUCUACUGCUGUAUGAGGGUACAUAAACAUCAUAGAACAUUCCAUAAGACAAUUAUCGUCUAAAAAGUUGAUUACUAACUUGGGUAUUGACAAUUUUCAUUUUUUUUUUCAUGUUCAUUUUGUAUAGAAUUAAUAUUAUUUAUUAUUAUUUGACCCAUUUAGUAUGGGAAGACUGAAUGCUUUUCUUAAUGUUUAACUAUUUACGUAUGUAAAAAUAAAAAAUGUACUUCUGUGAUAGUUUGAGAACUUUUUUUCUAAAAUUUUUUUUUAACUUAGUUAUUAUUUUGCCCUUAGAAUUGAAAUGUUAAAAAAUAAAAAUCCCAACAACCAUUGUCCAGUGCAUAAAAUAUUUUAUAAAUCAUUAUUUUUAAUAAUUUUCAUUUCCCAUUGGAAAAAUGAUCUCUUACCAUAUCCGCCACCUGUGUUUAUCAUUAUCUAACAGUCAUUGGAUUGGUACAGACUGUAUUAGUCCUAAUAUAUUCCACCUAGUCCUUACGGAAUAAUUAAUAAUAAUUACUGAACCAGUGCUAAUAUAUCUGGUGCUAAUAAUAGGUCGGUCGUACUUUUAUUCUAUACUUAGUAUAAAAUGUUUAUUACGAUUUUGUACAUUUAUUGUAUUUUAUUUCCCCUCACAAAUGACUGAAUGAGGCAUCAGGCAAUAAAUGUAAUUAUAUAUUUGUUCUUGUAAAGAGUUUUUUUUUUUUCAAUAUAUUGUGUUCAUGAAAGAGAAAAAAAUAUUAUUAUAUGUCAAAGUUUUAUAUUAAAGUUCCGCGACACUGUGCCAUUCCAAUAAGAAAAAAAUCCUAUUUAGUUUUUAGUUUUUGUGUCCUGUUAAUAAUUGUGAAACAACAAAACAUUUGUUUUUUUUUUUAUUUUUCUAACAAUGAAUUAUUGUAAAUAAUUUAACAAUUCAUAUUAUUCCUCAUACCCCCUCCGCCAAAAGUGCCUAACUAUAUUUUUUUUUUCUUUCUCAUUUAAUUUUUAUGUAAUAUACUAAAAUGUUAUUAUACAUUAUUUUUCUAAUCAUUAAAAAAAAUAUCGAAUUACU